ACCCUCUGCGCCGGCGCCGUCGGCCUUCAUCUACCUGCGGCGUGCAGGUAGCGCGGUGCACGCUGGAGCUGGUAGUCCCCGAAGAGAGGAAGGGCAGAGCUGUCCGGCAGUGUGUGGGGCUGAGCUGUGCGGGCCGAGGCGGGCGGUAUGGACAAGCUGAAGCGGGUGCUGAGCGGCCGAGACACGGAGGAGCCGAGCGGUCUGGCUGAGGUUAUUGACACAACUUCGUUAGGCUGGGGCACCAGAGUGAAAGGCUUCAUUGCUUGUUUUGCAUUAGGAUGCCUUUUCUCAUUCUUGGGUAGUUGUCUGCUGUGGGUACCAAAGAAAGCGCUGCUGCUCUUUGCAGUGUUUUAUACGCUGGGGAAUAUUGCAUCUAUUGGGAGCACUCUUUUUCUUAUGGGACCAAUGAAACAACUGAAAAGAAUGUUUGACCCUACACGUUUGAUUGCUACUGUUGUUAUGCUAUUGUGUCUCAUACUAACACUGUGCUCUGCUUUCUGGUGGCAUAAGGAAGGACUUGCUCUGCUUUUCUGCAUCUUACAGUUUUUUGCCUUGGCAUGGUACAGCAUUUCCUUCAUACCAUAUGCAAGGGAUGCUGUGAAGAAAUGUGUUUCGGUCUGUCUGUCCUAACAGGAAUACUGGAUGCUUCACAAAGUUCUAGGAAGCAUAGUAGAACUAUGUAAAGAUCACUGUGUAUGUAUUUUCCUACUUCUGUCUUAAAUAUGUGCCUUUUA